AUGGUCAACCAUGGGGAAAUCUUUGAAUCCGAUGAUACCCUACAAACCGAAAAUUUUUCAAAAACCAAGUCUAACGGCUUUAAAGAUGAGACCUACGAACUAGAAGAUUGGCAAAGAAAUAAUCCUCACCUCAACAUUGAAAAAGGAGAUCUCAAAGAAACAGAGUUGAAAAGAAACUUGAAACCGAGACAUGUUUCGAUGAUCGCUCUCGGUGGUACCAUUGGUACUGGUCUGUUCAUUGGAACUGCUACUCCUUUACAGAUUGCAGGCCCAGUUAAUGCUUUGAUCGCUUAUAUUUUCAUGGGUAGUUUAGCCUAUUCAGUGACACAAUCUCUGGGAGAGAUGGCCACGUACACUCCUAUUUCAGGCUCCUUCUGCGUGUUCAAUACUAGAUACAUUUCAAAGGCUGUUGGGUUUGCAACAAGUUGGCUGUACUGGUGGAACUGGUCCACUACCUUUGCCAUUGAACUUUCCAUUAUCGGCCAGAUUAUCCAAUAUUGGACUGACGCUGUUCCACUGUGGGCUUGGAUCUUAAUUUUCUACUUUGUUCUGGUUGCAGCUAAUUUCGUCCCUGUUCAAUAUUAUGGUGAAGUUGAGUUCUGGAUCGCUUCCAUCAAAGUUAUUGCGAUUAUGGGAUUCAUUGUCUACGCCCUGUGCAUCGUCUGUGGUGCUGGUAGAACUGGUCCAAUUGGAUUUAGAUACUGGAGAAACCCUGGGCCUUGGGGUCCCGGUAUCCUGGUAGCUAACAAGAACACGGGGAGAUUCUUGGGUUGGCUAUCUUCUUUAGUCAAUGCUGCCUUUACUUACCAGGGUGUAGAGUUAACCGGUGUUUCCGCAGGUGAAACUUCCAAUCCAAGAAAGACAGUUCCGAGGGCUAUUAAUAAGGUCAUCUUCAGAAUUUUGAUUUUCUACGUUGCAACUUUAUUCUUCCUAGGAUUAUUGGUUCCUUACAAUGACCCAGAAUUAUCAUCCGACACUUCCUACAUUGCUUCAUCGCCAUUUGUUAUUGCUAUUAAGAACGCUGGAACUCCCGUUCUUCCUCACAUUUUCAACGCCGUUAUUUUAACAACUGUCAUUUCUGCUGGUAACUCCAACGUAUAUGUGGGCAGUCGUGUGAUGUACUCUAUGUCCACAGCGGGAAUUGCUCCAAAGUUUUUCUCUUGGACAACUACUUGGGGUAUCCCUUACCUAUCGGUGAUGGCCACGUCUUUGAUUGGUCUUUUGGCCUUCCUUAACGUGGAUCAAGAUGGUAAAACUGUCUUUGAGUGGUUGGUCAACAUCUCAGCUGUAUCCGGUUUGAUUGCCUGGGUGUUCAUUUCUGUCGCCCAUCUUAGAUUUAUGAAGGCCCUAGAGUGGAGAGGAGUAUCCAGAGACGAGUUGCCCUAUAAAGCCAAGUACAUGCCAUGGUUUGCCUGGUAUGCUGCCAUUGCUAUCACCAUUAUUACAUUCAUCCAGGGUUACGACAGUUUCUUUGACUUCAACGCAUCUGACUUUUUCACUGCUUAUAUUUCGUUGAUACUGUUUUUUGCCCUAUGGAUAGGAGCUCUUGUGUGGUACCGAGAACCCAUUAUGCGUUCAGUCGCAGACAUUGACUUGGAUACCGACAGAAAAGAGAUCGAUAUGCUCAUAUGGGAGGAGCAAGAGCCUACAAACAUUUGGGAGAAGUUUUGGGGUAUAGUAGCAUAG